GUCAGCACGCCGGUGUCUUCCCGGCGCCUUUGUUGUCUGUGUCGUUAGUUACCCGUGCAGUCACGGGUGUAGACACUGAGGUUUCCACCCCCGGAAUUUUGGAAAGGGAGAAGAGCAGUGUGCGGAGCCGCGGGGUGUGCUGCCGCGUGUCCGCGGCGCCUCUGACGAUCCGGAUCACAGUUCGGAGCCCUGGGGGCCCCGGCCGGGCCUGGCAGAGUGGGCAGCACUCGCAGUGGUAGCCUUUCUGGCCUUUGCUUUAUUUCUUAAAAUCCCCGUGAACUGCCGAGCAUCUGCAGGUUUUUGCCGUUCGGUCGGGUGGAGCUACCGGGGUGGUAGUUAAAGGCCCGGAUGAUAGAAAUCCCAUCUCAUUUAGAAUGGAAGAUAAAGGAGAAGUGAAGUGCAUUAAGUUUUCCUUAGAAAAUAAGAUACUGGCUGUUCAAAGGACCUCAAAGACUGUGGAUUUUUCCAAUUUUAUCCCGGAUAGUUCUCAGCUGGAAUACACUCAGGAGUGCAAGACCAAGAAUGCCAACAUACUAGGUUUCUGCUGGACCAGUUCUACUGAAAUUGUCUUCAUAACAGAUCAAGGAAUAGAAUUUUACCAGGUAUUACCAGAGAAACGAAACCUGAAACUCCUGAAGAGCCAGAGCAUUAACGUGAACUGGUACAUAUACUGUCCCGAGAGCGCGGUGAUCCUGCUGUCCACCACCGUCCUGGGAAAUGUGCUGCAGCCCUUUUAUUUUCGGGCUGGCACUAUGUCGAAGCUGCCCAAGUUUGAGAUUGAAUUACCAGCUGUGCCCAAGUCAACUAAACUGAAUCUUUCCGAGAGAGACAUCGCCAUGGCGAUGAUAUACGGACAGCUUUACGUUCUGUUCCUGAGGCAUCACUCUCGGACCUCCAACAGUACCGGAGCGGAGGUAGUCCUCUAUCAUCUCCCACGAGAAGGUCCCUGUAGAAAGGCGCACAUAUUAAAGUUGAAUCGGACGGGGAAGUUCGCCCUAAACGUGGUGGAUGACCUGGUGGUGGUUCAUCAUCAGGACACAGAGACCUCGGUAAUAUUUGACAUCAAGCUAAGGGGGGAGUCUGACGGCACCGUGACUUUCCAUCACCCAGUGCUUCCAGCUCGAUCGAUUCAGCCCUAUCAGCUCCCCACAGCAGGUCCUGCCUCGGUGGCCAGCCAGUCUCCUGUCCCGUGUAAACUCUAUUCGUCUUCCUGGAUUGUCUUUCAGCCUGACAUCAUUAUCAGUGCAAGCCAAGGUUACCUCUGGAACCUCCAAGUUAAACUUCAGCCCAUAGUAAACCUCUUGCCAGAUAAAGGAAGACUGAUGGACUUCCUCCUCCAGAGAAAGGACUGCAAGAUGGUCAUCCUGUCUGUCUGUUCGCAGAUGUUGAGUGAGUCUGACAGAGCGACGUUACCUGUGAUAGCCACUGUUUUUGACAAACUCAAUCAUGAAUAUAAAAAGUACCUGGACGCUGAGCAGAGUUACACGAUGGCAGUAGAAGCAGGGCAGAGCCGGAACAGUCCACUUCUCAAAAGGCCGGUGCGGACCCAAGCUGUGGUUGACCAGUCUGACCUGUACACCCACGUCCUGUCGGUGUUCACAGAGAAGAAGGAGCUGCCGCCCAAGUUUGUGAUAGCCGUCCUGAUGGAAUAUAUCCGCUCUCUUAACCAGUUUCAGAUUGCGGUACAGCAUUACCUACACGAGCUUGUUAUCAAGACACUUGUCCAGCACAACCUCUUCUAUAUGCUGCACCAGUUCCUGCAGUACCAUGUCCUCAGUGACUCGAAGCCGCUGGCUUGUCUGCUGUUAUCCCUAGAGAGUUUUUAUCCUCCUGCCCAUCAGCUGUCUCUGGAUAUGUUGAAGCGACUUUCGACAGCCAAUGAUGAAAUAGUAGAAGUUCUUCUUUCCAAACACCAAGUGUUAGCCGCCUUAAGGUUCAUCCGGGGCAUUGGUGGCCACGACAACAUUUCUGCACGGAAAUUUUUAGAUGCUGCGAAGCAGACUGAAGACAACAUGCUUUUCUACACUAUAUUCCGGUUUUUUGAACAGCGAAACCAGCGUCUGCGAGGAAGCCCUCAUUUCACACCAGGAGAACACUGUGAAGAACAUGUUGCUUUUUUCAAACAGGUUUUUGGAGACCAUGCUCUAAUGAGGCCUACAACAUUCUGAAAUCACUUGCUAGUUUUUUUUUUUAAUAUAUAUAAAAAUGUGUAAAAAGUUAAUUUAUUGCAAUAAAGCUCUUUAAACUACAAAA